AAAGUCGAUGAGUGUGAAGAGCUGAGGGCAAAUGCUGAAAUAAGACAAUUAUGAAUUGCCUGUGCGCAUGUGUGUCAUAUGCAUUUUUUGCAACAACCAUACUGGAAUAGUAUAUUGUGCCCCAAGGCAGUAAAUUAAACUUUUUACGAAAUCCGGCACUCGCUCAAGGCCCCAGAAACGAUAAGAGAGCGAGUCCCGGAGCGAAAAAGAGACGAGAAUUAACAUUCCUCAACAUAGUUAAGCCGUACUCAGAGAACGAAAUUCCGACCAGAUUCUUUCAGAAGACAGACCAAGAAAAAAGAAAUCUAGAAAAAAGAGAGGACUUCUGCAGAAACCAGAAAGCUCCUCUUAUAUGGAUAAAAGUGCAGUUUUAGUGUUUUGAUGAAAUUGUUUAUUGUUGUAAUUAAGAAAACUUUGUGACGAAAAGUGUGGUGAUAAAAUACUUUUAGUGAAGUUAAGGAUUUCUAAUUAAUCAAAAUGUAUUCCAUUCUGAAAGUCAACAAAAUGCUCUCCAGGAACAGAGUGAAACUUCACAUUUUGAACGUCUCACAGAAAAAUUUCGGUACCGAUAUCGAAUAUAAACCAAUUAGAAGUGUCCUUGUCGCAAACAGAGGUGAAAUCGCAAUUCGAGUCUUUCGAGCAUGUACAGAGCUCGGUAUUCGAUCGGUGGCAAUUUAUUCCGAGCAGGAUAAAAUGCAAAUGCACCGACAAAAAGCUGAUGAGGGCUACAUGGUCGGGCGAGGACUUCCACCCGUUGCGGCUUACCUGAAUAUCCCAGAAAUCAUCAAAGUUGCCAAAGAAAAUGACGUCGACGCCAUUCAUCCAGGCUAUGGAUUUCUCUCAGAAAGAUCGGACUUUGCACAGGCCAUUAUCGAUGCUGGAAUCAGGUUCAUUGGGCCUAGUCCAAGAGUUGUCCAGCAAAUGGGAGAUAAGGUGGCAGCCAGACAAGCAGCAAUCGAAGCUGGAGUGCCCAUAGUUCCUGGAACCGAUGGUCCCGUCACAACUUCUGAUGAGGCCAUGGAAUUUUGCAUGAAACAUGGACUUCCGGUCAUCUUCAAAGCUGCCUACGGAGGUGGUGGACGAGGAAUGAGGGUCGUCAAGCAGAUGGAAGAAGUUAAAGAAAUGUUCGAGAGAGCUUCUUCCGAAGCAAAGGCGGCUUUUGGAAAUGGUGCCAUGUUUAUAGAAAAGUUCAUCGAAAGGCCAAGACACAUAGAAGUUCAACUUCUGGGUGACAAUGCCGGAAAUGUCAUCCAUCUUUACGAAAGAGAUUGUUCAGUUCAGAGAAGACAUCAAAAGGUCGUCGAAAUCGCCCCUGCCCCAAGGCUGGACCCCAAAGUCAGGGACAAGAUGACAGAACACGCAGUGAGAUUAGCAAAACACGUUGGAUACUCGAAUGCUGGCACUGUCGAAUUUUUGGCAGACGAAACGGGGAAUUUCUACUUUAUCGAAGUCAAUGCCAGGCUUCAGGUCGAGCACACGGUUACCGAGGAAAUUACUGGAAUUGACCUCGUGCAGUCCCAAAUUCGAAUCGCAGAGGGAAUGACAUUACCAGAAUUGGGAAUGACUCAGGAAAAAAUACAACCGAAAGGUUUCGCGAUUCAAUGUCGUGUGACGACUGAAGAUCCUGCAAAGAAUUUCCAGCCGGAUACCGGAAGAAUUGAAGUUUUCCGAUCCGGUGAGGGAAUGGGAAUUCGUUUAGAUGGAGCUUCUGCAUUUGCAGGGGCUAUUAUUUCUCCUUACUACGAUUCUCUUCUCGUUAAGGUUAUUGCCCACGCAGAGGAUCUGCAAUCUUCCUGUGCAAAAAUGAAUCGAGCUCUUCGAGAAUUCCGAGUUCGUGGUGUAAAAACAAAUAUCCCCUUUCUGCUGAACGUCCUGGAAAAUCAAAAAUUCCUCAAUGGAAAAGUCGACACUUAUUUCAUCGAUGAAAAUCCUCAACUUUUCCAGUUCCAGCAAACUCGCAAUCGAGCUCAAAAAUUAUUGAAUUACCUGGGAACUGUUCUUGUAAAUGGCCCCAGUACCCCAUUGGCUACGAAUUUGAAACCAGCAGAAAUUAAACCACAUGUUCCCCAAAUCGCCAUUGACUUUGCUAAGCUUGCAGCUGCCGAAGAGUCCAGCGAUGAGGACCUCCCAGACCUUCUCGAUCCACCAAAAGGUUUCCGUCAAAUUUUUAAGGAACAGGGCCCAGAAGCUUUUGCGAAGGCAGUUAGGGAACACAAAGGACUACUUUUGAUGGACACAACCUACAGGGAUGCCCAUCAAUCUCUUUUAGCAACUCGAGUCCGAUCUCACGAUUUGCUUAAGAUUUCACCAUUUGUUGCUCACAAAUUUAACAACCUCUACGCUUUGGAAAAUUGGGGUGGUGCUACCUUCGACGUAGCCUUGAGAUUUUUGCACGAAUGUCCUUGGGAAAGACUCGAGGAUAUGAGGAAAACUAUUCCCAAUAUUCCCUUCCAAAUGUUGUUGAGAGGUGCCAAUGCUGUUGGUUAUACCAAUUAUCCCGACAAUGUUGUCUUCAAGUUUUGCGAACUUGCUGUUCAAACUGGAAUGGACAUCUUCAGGGUCUUUGAUUCCCUGAACUAUCUCCCGAAUCUGAUUCUUGGUAUGGAUGCAGCUGGAAAGGCAGGUGGAGUGGUGGAAGCAGCGAUUUCCUACACAGGUGAUGUUAGUGAUCCAAGCCGUACGAAAUACGACCUCAAAUACUACACCAACCUGGCUGAUGAAUUAGUCAAAGCUGGAACUCACGUCCUCUGCAUCAAGGACAUGGCAGGACUCUUGAAACCAAAAGCUGCAGGUCUUCUUGUUGAUGCGAUCAGGCAAAAACACCCUGACGUUCCCAUUCACAUUCACACUCAUGACACUGCUGGAGCUGGAGUUGCUGCCAUGCUUGCAUGUGCUGAACAUGGAGCUGACGUUGUUGACGUUGCUGUUGACAGCAUGUCUGGAAUGACCAGCCAGCCUUCAAUGGGAGCUGUGGUUGCUUGCUUACAAGGAACACCCAUCGAUACCAAUUUGGAGCUGAGUGACAUCUCUGAGUACUCUGCCUACUGGGAACAAACUCGUACUCUAUAUGCUCCAUUCGAAUGCACAACGACCAUGAAAUCAGGAAAUGCUGAUGUCUACCUCAGCGAAAUUCCCGGGGGCCAGUACACGAAUCUUCAGUUCCAGGCUUAUUCCCUUGGAUUGGGUGAAUUUUUCGAAGAUGUUAAGAAGGCCUACAGGGAAGCUAAUAUUCUUCUGGGAGACAUCAUCAAAGUCACUCCAAGCUCGAAGGUCGUUGGAGACCUUGCUCAAUUCAUGGUCCAGAAUAAAUUGACUUCUGAUGAUGUUCUCAGCAAAGCUGAGGAACUAUCCUUCCCCAAGUCCGUGGUUGAAUUCCUCCAGGGAGCAAUUGGAGAACCUUAUGGUGGAUUCCCGGAACCACUUCGGUCGAAGAUUCUUAAGGACAUGCCGCGAGUGAAAGGAAGGCCAGGAGAAAAUCUUGCGCCUCUUGACUUCGUGAAAUUAAAAGCGGAAGUGAAGGAAGCUCAUCCUCAGGCUACUGAUAGGGACGUUAUGUCAGCAGCUCUUUAUCCGGAAGUUACGAACGACUUCCUCACGUUCAGGGAAACUUUCGGACCAGUUGAUAAACUCGACACAAGGAUAUUCUUGACUGGGCCCAAAGUGGGAGAAGAAUUCGAUGUGACGAUCGCGAAAGGAAAAACUUUGGGUAUCAAAACUCUGGCUAUGUGUGAAGAUCUGACUGCAAAUGGAGAACGAGAAGUCUUCUUUGAGAUGAAUGGACAGCUGAGGUCUGUCUUCAUCAAGGACAAGGAGGCAGUCAAGGAACUUCACAUUCAUCCCAAGGCUAACAAGGCAGACAAGAACCAAGUAGGUGCUCCUAUGCCAGGAACAGUAAUCGAUAUCAGAGUAAAAGUUGGAGAUUCUGUGGAAAAGGGAGCAGCUUUAGUCGUUCUUUCCGCAAUGAAAAUGGAAAUGGUUGUCCAGGCUCCCAAGGCUGGAAUAAUCAAAAGUCUCGACAUCAAUCAAGGAAUGAAAUUGGAAGGAGCCGACCUUCUUCUUACAAUGGAGUAAUCUGAAUCUAAAGGCUAAAAAAAGUGAUAUUCGAUACGAGCUGGUCUCGUCAAACUCAACUAGAAAAGGGAUAAAGCCUCUGAAAAUUGUCGACAAAUCGGAUUUCAUAAAUUGCGACCAAACGGAGAAGCCGUUUUUUUCAGUUUUUUUUUUGUAUUUACAAUCUAAAUAGUAUGAAGACAUCCGGUAAAGGCCAUUUCCUCGGAAAAAAAUUAUAUUUUUAAGUUAAUAAUCGAAAAAAAUAGCCAAAAUAUCGGCACCACGGAGGACCUGCUCGGUUCUUCUUUCGGGCGAACCUAACGACAGAACGAAAAAAAAAGCCAUAAAUGUUCGAAAAUUCCUCAGUUUAUAAAGUCCAAUUUACUGAUGACUUCCAGGGGCCACAAGGGACAGCUGCGCUCUUAACUAAAAAUCGUUGGACUUUGAGUCAAUUACAUUUUAGAAAACCAAAAUUUUUAAAACUUGCAUCUCUAAAAAUCCUCAAACUACUUGGAUCAAUUUUAUGAAGCACUUUUUCCAGAUUUUUGACAAAUUUACAAAUAACUUUCAAUCAGUGGUCCAACGAUUAUUUUGUGGUGCAUAUUGUAAAGUGUUAAGUGGUGAACUUCAGUGAUAAACGAACUCGCUCGAAAAACUAUAUCGAAUUAUUGAUCGAUUAUCGUUAAUAGUGAGACUUCAAAAAAUAUUAAGGUCUACAGUGCAUGCACCGGAACGGCCGGAACUCGGAAUGUCCGGAAUGAGGCGUUGACCAAUCAGAAACGUUCCAGUCAUUCCGGGUUACGGUCAUUCCGGUUCAUGUGUUUGACAACUAUGGGAAUGAACGGAACGCCUUCUGGCGCGAAUUUAAACAUUUCAAACACUUCGGCUGAGUUCGGCGUAAGAAUGACAAUGUUUCUGCGGAACGUUUCUGAUUGGUCAACGCCUCUUUCCGGCCAUUUCGAGAUCCGGCCAUUCUGGUGCAUGGACUCAACAACCUAAGACUCGUUAAAAUUAAUAGCUGCGAAUCGAAUUCGAAAUCUGUGUCAACGAGCUAUGAUCAAUAUUUAUAUGUGAAAAUCCAAAAAAAGACAUCAGUAGAAUUGUAUGAAUAGGAGAUGGCACAUUGCCAGAUUAAAGUCUUAAAAAAUAUAAAAACAACCCGCAAGUCCAAAUAUCACUAUAUAAAAAAUUUGAGACAAAGGGUCAUCCACGAACUACAUUAUUAAUAUAAUUAUU